UUUGGAUAUCGUAUAUAGAUAUAUUAAUUUAGAGAAACUAAAUAUUGAUGUCGAGAUUUAUUCUUCAACCUAUAAAUUAAGUAGCUAAACUUCAUUAAACAUAUACUUGACUAGAAAAUAAGAAUAGCAACAAAACAAAGGCAACAUGGAGAUUUUUGUCAAGACCUGGAGCAAAAGCAACAACAACAGAAGAACUAUUAAAAUGAAGGUACAAAGUAACGACACUAUUAAGAUGAUCCAGAAGAAAUUGGUUGAGGAGGAGAAAAUUCCACUAGAGAAACAAUUUUUUACAUUUCCAGUAUCAAAAUCACUGAAGUCAAUAGACAAACUUGACGAUGCUAAAUCUGCUGGAAAAAGAGAUUCUCAAAAGUGUACUCUGAUAUUGACCGAGGGAGAUUCCGCAAAAGCUUUUGUCAUGAGUGGACUUUCGGUAAUAGAGAAUAGUAAAAAUUUAUAUGGCGUAUUUCCACUUAAAGGAAAAAUUCCAAACAUAUCCAAAUCCAAAGUUAAUGACAUAAUAAACAACGACGAGAUUCAAUCAUUGAUUACUAUUUUAGGACUUAAAACAAGCUCGAAGAAUUUGAGAUACGGUCAUGUCAUGAUAAUGAGCGAUCCAGAUCUCGAUGGCUCACACUUCAAAGGUCUCCUCAUAAAUUUAAUAUAUAUGUUAUGGCCUUCACUCUUGAGAACUCAAGGUUUUUUAUCUCAUUUUUUCACACCAUUAAUCAAGGUUUUUAAAUUUGAAGAAAAACAAUUAUUUUAUUCCCAUGAGCAAUAUGAAAAGUGGAAAAAAGAGCGUGAUGAUUUAUCUAGUUGGGAGACAAGAUAUUAUAAGGGAUUGGGUUCAAACACUCCCGAAGAAGCUUUUGAGUACUUUCAAAACAUAGAAGAUCAUAAAAAAGAUUUUGUUUGGGAAAGUGGAGAUGAUGAGGCUAUUGAUCUAGCAUUUGAUUAUAAAAAUACUGUGGAUAGAAAAAAGUGGAUUGAAAGUUUUAAGCACGAGGACUCUGAGACAUACCUAAAAGCGAGAACUACCACUUACGCAAACUUCAUACACUCAGAAUUAAUAUUGUAUGCCAUAGCUAAUGUUGGGAGGACAAUUCCAUCGUUAGUUGAUGGCCUUAAAACAGUUGAGAGAAAGAUUGUUUUUUCAUUGUUACUAAGUGAAGAAAUGAAACCAAUGAAAUCAAAAUAUAUCACCAACUUAAUUGGUUACGCAUCUGAGCGCACCUGUUACCAUCAUAAUGAAGUUUCAAUGGCUAACACUGUUAUUAAAAUGGGGCGAGAUUAUGCGAAUAGUAAUAACAUCAACCUUCUCUUACCAUUGAGUCACUUUGGUAGUUCUAACCUGUGUGGUAGAGAUUAUGCCGCUCAUAGAUACGCCCAGGUUAAACUUAGUAGUAUUACUAGGUGCAUCUUCCGUAAAGAUGAUGAUAUGUUGCUUGAUUAUUUAAAUGUGGAUGGAGAGUCAAUUGAACCUUACUGCUACAUGCCCAUAAUACCAAUGAUUUUGGUGAAUGGUUGCGAUGUAGUUGCUAUAGGUUGGAGAUCUUAUAUUCCCAAGUAUAAUCCACGGAAAAUUAUUAAAAAUAUUGAAAGUUGGCUGGAGAGUAAGACCAUAACAGCAAUGACUCCAAUGACUCCAUGGUACAGAGGAUUUAGAGGAACCAUUGAAAAAGGCGAAGUAAAUGGAUCUUUCGUGGUGAAUGGCAAAGUGCUAAUAAAGAGUAACAAAUUAAUUGAAAUAGAAGAGAUUCCUUUCACUCGGUGGUCUACAAAAAGUUACAAAGAGUUUCUUACAUCUCUAACUAAGAUACGUCGUGGAAAAAAACCCAGCAUUGAGUCUUUUGAAGAAAUCAAAACUGGAAAAACUACAAAAUUCAAAGUCCACUUGAUCCCAAGAGAGAAGCAGCUGGAGAUCGAAGAUUUGAUGAAAGAAUUCCAUCUUCGUGGUUCCAUUUCAACAAAAAACAUGAUCCUUUUGGAUAAAAAUAUGAAAAUAACUAAAUAUGACAGUCCUGAAGAAAUUCUUACAGAAUUUAUGGAAUAUCGGCUGUCUUGUUAUGAGAAAAAAAAGAAACAUAAGGUGGAUGAACUUGAGCUUGAUAUGAAGACUCUAUACUAUAAAAUCUUAUUUAUAGAAUUGGUUACCAAAGAAAAGUCUACAUUGACCGCUGCUGGUAUGAAGAAAAAGGAGUUAAUUUCUAUGUUCAAGAAAAUUUUAUUAGAAAAGAAAGAGUUGGGAGAGCAUAAUUACCCGGAAGAACAUAAUCACGAUGCAUACGAUUUUGUUAUAUCCAUGCCUUUUAGCACCUUCUGCGAUGAUAGUUUGCCGAGGAUGAAAGCUGAACUGCAAAAUAUGGAAAAGGACAUUGAGAUUUUGAAGAAUCAAUCGCCAAAAGAUAUGUGGCUACAAGAUCUAAAGCAUUUUGAAUCUAUUGCAGUGAACCUUUCACUGCUACCUCCCAAAAGCUAAACCAUUUUGAAUCUAUUAAAGUGAACCUUUCACUGUUGCCUUAUGUGUAGCACAUCUCCCUGAGCAAUGCAAAUUGAUAGUUUGAUUGGUCUCAGUACUUUCUCAAAUCUUCUAGUUUACGUCUUUUCCAUAUCAUCCACACUAGGAUAGCAAAAUUGUUACACAAAUAGUGUUAGAGAUGAAUUUUUAUGUAUUCACAAAUAGUGUUAGAGAUGAAUUUUUAUGUAUUCACAAAUUGUGUUAGAGAUAAAUUUCUAUGUAUUCACAGUUUAAAGUUUUUUCUGCA